ACUUGAAAGUUGAAAAUAAUCUACAGUUUUUUUUUCUUAUUUAAAAGUAUACUAAUAAACGUUGUUAUAAAGUUGUAAUAAGUACAUAAAAACGCUAGCAAGUACCUAUUGCAUCAUUAUUUAAUUAUUUUUGCACGUUAAACUUGUACGCGAACUCUCCAAAAAUAGAGGGAUUGUUAUCUCAUUCUUAAAUAACUGAAUUUGCAUGUCAAUAAUAAUAUAUAUAUUAGUCAAUUAUAUAUUAUAAUAUUGUCAUUAUUAAUGUACUCUUUCUUACGUCGUUUUGGUCUGUUUUACAUUCUCUUGUAGUAGUUUUUCACAGUAAACGCGCCAUGUCUUUAUAAAGUUGUCACUUAUUAGCCAUGGUUUCUCAAAGUAAACAGCAAAUUUAUUUAAAAAGUUAGUUAAAAUUUCCCAGGCCUCCUCUCAUUUCUGAGAGGGUUUAUUUAAAUAAAUUAUUAUUUUCGAAAAUUCUAUCUUACUCAGAACAUAAGCCCAUCCUUCUCUAACGUACACUCGUAUUUUAUAUUUUUUAAAUAUCCAGACUUUGCCAGUUUCAAUGUUUCUGCUUUUCUUCGUACACUGUUAAAAUAAUGAUAGUAGCAGCCUUUAAAAAAUAACUUUUAUAGCAGCUCUGUUAAGAAUUUUUUUUAUGUACAAAGUAAUGAAAUAACCGUCAUCAAAUAAUGGGCUAUCUAACACAAAAAGAAGUUUUCACAUUGAACUAGUGGUUAGUUCCUGAUAUUAGCGCGUUCAAACAUACUAGUAUUAUAGUUCACGGUCAUAUACUAGUAUAGAUUAAAAUUUACGGAACGGUUAUCUUCCAAUAUGUUGAACUUUCCUAAAUAAUUAUAUAGUUGAACUGAUUGGCAUAAUGUUGUCUCAUAUGUUCAACUAGUUUAACUUACGGUUGUACUAAUUGGAUCAGGCUGAAAUUGCAGGUGGGUCGGCGGUAUUAUAUCGACUAAAUUACUAAAUAAUAUCGACUGCCUCGUGGGUCUAGUAGUUGUAAAUGCGAUUGCGGAUCAUGAGCUCCCAUGAAGGUUCGAAUCCCAGUUCGGGCCAUAAAAAUUAGUUAUUGAGUAGCAGCCCGUAGUCAGUGUCUCGGAAAGUAAGUAAAGCCAUUAGUUCUUCCUUAAAGCCAUUAAUCCUUCUCUUUAUUUCCCUCCGGUCGUGUCGGUUUGACGUCCCAUUGCACUAUGCCAGUGAGGGAAUGGAGAGUGCAUCUGCGCUUGCGGCAUACCAAUCAGGCGCUAUCAUCCUACCCUGCGCAGAUGGCUAGUCUCAAAAAAUUCUAAUGUACAGAGCUCAUCCUACUAGAGAUUAAUUAUAGAAAUAGAUUAUUUUUUGUAGGCAGUAGAGUCCAAGGGGGAGGCGUUGGCCGUUAGUCUGGACAUUGCGAAGGCCUUCGAUCGGGUUUGGCACAAAGCGCUUCUUUCGAAGCUCCCUUCCUAUGGGCUUCCCGAGAAAUUGUGCAAUUGGAUCACCAGCUUCCUUGCAGAUCGGAGCAUCAAGGUCGUUGUAGACGGUGCAUGCUCUGACUACAAGCCUAUUAACGCUGGUGUUCCACAAGGCUGUGUGCUAUCACCAACGCUGUUUCUUCUGCAUAUCAAUGAUAUGUUGCUAACUGGUAACAUUCAUUGCUAUGCGGAUGACAGCACUGGUGAUGCUCUAUACACCGGCCGUGCCAAUAUUUCUCGGGAAAACGUCGCUGAUUACCAGAACAAACUUGUGUCUGAAGUCGAGUCUUUGCUGAACAAAGUCUCGGAUUGGGGGCGACUAAAUCUAGUCCAAUUUAAUCCUCAGAAGACACAAGUUUGCGCGUUUACCGCUAAAAAGAACCCCUUUGUCGUAUCUCCUCAGUUUCAAGGCACUCCCCUUCUUGCCUUAGCCAAUAUCGGUAUCCUCGGAGUCGACAUAUCGAGUGACGUGCAGUUUCGUGGUCACUUGGAAGGGAAGGCCAAAUUGGCCUCUAAAAAGCUUGGCGUGCUCAGCAGAGCGGGACAGUAUUUCAUGCCGGCACACCGCCUGCUACUUUACAAGGCGCAAGUUCGGCCUCACAUGGAAUACUGUUCCCAUCUCUGGGCAGGGGCUCCCCAGUGCCAGCUCCUUCUACUUGACCGCAUCCAACGCAGAGCGGCUCGAAUUGUCGACGACCGAGCCCUUUCCGAUCGGCUCGAUUCAUUGGCACUGCGAAGAGAUGUUGCAUCCCUUUGCAUUUUCUUUCGCAUCUACGAUUAAUAAAUACAAAUACAUGAAUUACUAGCGUCUAUUAAAAUGAAGCCUCAUUGAAAAUAAAAUAAUAUUUCUUUUAUGGCAACAUAUGAAAAAGUGUUUUCCAUCUCGCUUCCCUAUGCCCGUCAAGGCCGUCUACACUACAUCAGUAGGGGUCGUGACGGAAAAAUCUUACACUUUCUCUCCGCCAAAUUCGUACCGUCUGAUAAGGAACUUCGUUCCAAUAUUUUUAUGCAGAAUUACAGCGUUCGGAGUCUGGUUGCCGACAAUUGUCAAUCAAUUCAUGCAGAUUGUGGAGACAGGAGUAGGCACAGACAGGAGUCUGUGCAGCAUUAUCAGCGAUAGUGUCGAAGUACCAGUUGAUCCAGACGUCGCACCGUGCGCCCUGAACGUAUCAUCACUUCUGUUGGUACUGUCAAUGGGUGCUCUGCGGUCGUUCCUUAACAUAUUGCUAAGUUUGGUGGUGAACAGAGUUGGCUACCGCAACAUGGCCAUAUGCUUUACAGUUGUGUGUGGAGUGUCAGGCAUCAUGGUGAACCUCAUACCCAACGCCUACGCUAGCGUCGUUUUCUUCAUGAUCUUCAUGACUGGAGCGUUGGUUACGGGAAUGUACGUGGCCCUUACCGUUGCGUUGUUCCCCACUCAUCUCAGGUGAUCUCCCGUUUGUUUAUUUAAUACAUUUGUAAGGUUCUUUAAUUAUUACACUUAUAUUUUUAUAUAUUAUAAAUUAAUAAAUAAAACUAAGGUUACAGUUCUUACACGUCCCACUACUACUCCUCUUAUUUCUAUGAGGGUUUGAGGGCAAGGUGGUGUCCGUCACAAUCCCCAUGGUUGUUAGGAGAUACAGGUUGUCCACCAUGUUUUCUAUCGUCGUCAAGUACGUGGUAAAUGAGCACUUGAAUUGUAAUUAGCUAUUGUGAAAUUUAUGGCGGGCGUUUAGCCCCCGAGCUGACCACAACUCUUAGUUAUUAAAGAUGACUUUCAUACAGUUUUCGUUUCACGUAAUUGACAAGCAUUCAAAUACAUGCAUGUAAAUCUCUUUUGUUGUUAAAUUUCCUUAUUUUUUGAGCGCACACAUUACAUUUUCUUAAAUCUAUUGAGAGGUCAGUAAUAAAUUGAUCUUAUUGCCCGGUUAUGUUAAAUAAACUCGUCGCUUCAAUGUCCAUUACAUUUCUCAUGAAAUUACUGAUUAUUCCUGUAUGAAGUUUUCCUACCGUGUAGUGGCGGUGUAAAAAUAUCCACUACCCCAUAUUAUCAUCCCGUAGGUGUCGUAACAGGCGACAGAGGGAAAAAAUCAGGAGACGGGCAGCAGCGUCUUCCUAAUAACAACGAAUACUACAAAAAUAAAAAUUGAACUGCGGUCGCCAACCGCUUUCCAAGCGUCACCAACUACGACAAAUAACCCCGCUAGGAAGCAAUCUAUGGGGGAGGACUAUGUUCAGCAGUGGACUUUACUAGGCUGUAACGGAAGUUUUUCUGUUUUUAAUUUUAUGUUUUUAAGUUAUGAAUAGAAAUAGGCAUCGAGAAAAACGUAGUUAUUUCCCGAUUGCCCCAGAUGGAGGGUAAUGUUUUUAGUGAGUGUGUAUGUAUGUCUAUUUAUUUGGCACGCUCCGUAGACGAAACGGCUUGUUGGAUUUCAACAUAAUGUGAGGUGUAGUUAAAUUCUUCUUAACUGUGGGAGUGACAUAAGAUGUAAAAUGUUUCUUUUUUCAGUUAACUUUUUACGCAGUCGAGUUUUUUUACUGUUUCACUUUUGAACUUGUUUCAGAUUUCAUUUCACGUUAAAUUAUUACAGAGGUAUUGUCUUUGAAUUCAAACGUGUUACAGGGCGCUGGCCGUGGCUCUAACAUCGACUGGAGGAAGUAUUGGAAUGCUUGCUUCGGUACCGAUCCUCAACCGGCUGCUCGAGGUCAACUGCAGUGCUGGUUUUUAUACAUUCAGUAGCAUUUUUCUUUCAUCAGCGUUCAUAGCUGCGUUUUUACCUAAUGACAGUUGUUUAUUGAAAAAGAAACUGGAACAGAUAGAAAAAAGUACAAAAGAUGAAAAAUUAACACAGUGCACUUAGUUUUUAUUAUAGUUUAAGUUAAUGUUAUGUUGUAAAUAAAGUACAAUUAAGUUAC